GGCGUUAUAUUUCUUAUAAUAAAUAGAGUUAGUAUGUUUAACAACGCUAUGCAGAGCAAAAUACAUCUCGCACUUAGAUAUAACAACCUAGACGAAGUAGCAAAAGAGAAAGUAUGGAAAAUCUUCUUCCGGCAGGCCGGUGCUACUGCUAACAUCUCUCCUAGAGAUCUGAAUAAGCUUCGCGCUUAUUAUUUUAACGGAAAACAGAUUAAGAACACUAUACGAAUUGGGCUUGCCUUAGCUAGCAACGCAGGAGAGAAGCUUGUAUAUAAGUAUCUAGAAACCGCUGUUACAGCGAACAAAGAGUUCGAACUUAACUUUAAAGGUGUUGGAUCGGUGGAGAAUUUAAACUUGUAUGCAUAG